AUGGCGACGGAAGUGAUUAUGAACUUGAUUUACGAUGCGACAUCGAAACGACAGCCAGAUUUUCUAGUCGCCACUCAUCUAAAGAACAUCAUCAACAACAAUAGAGAUAAAGAAUAUGUCAUUCUCGAAGUCGCCUCAGUUCUACUCGAGCAAGCGUUCCAGGGAACAAUUACGAACAGUUAUGUCCUAUCAUAUCUCAAGUACUGUCUUCGAGCUCAGCUGAUAACUCCUUGUUCGGUUUUUGGAAGCCUACCAGCGUUCAAAGCAUUUGAUGCCCCAGAAACAUUGAAUGUUCUCCUGGCUCUACUGGGCGAUCAAAUCACUGAAUUCUCGCAGCAACGAGCCGAUGAUCCCGUUCCAAGAUUAUUUCAAAGCGUCAUCACACUCGUUAACUGGCUGGUAAAUGCGGUCAGACACCUUCUUCAGCGACUACAGGAGCAACCAGAGCUCUGGAAUCGUUUGGGUGAAAAUUACUCAAUGAUAGUUUCUUACCUUGCGAUCAUUUGCGAGAGCAAGAAGUUCUGUAGCCUUCUUUACAUUGGAAGCAUCGACGAGCCAGAAAUGUGGAAAGGGAUGACUCAAUCUGUUGAGCAGCUGAAGUCUGAACUCGCUAGAAUCGCGGAGACGAUGCAGCGGCAGCAGUUUCACUUUGACCUCGAUAAUGUGCUGAACAUGAUGAUUUCUAGCUUCCCACUUUUUGAAGAGCCCGUGCAGAAUCUCAGUAGGAUGCUUUGCCAGAGUGUCAAUCAUGAUUCUAGUAGUGUCUCUAUUCUCAUGCCUCUUGAGAUGAUGCUUUGUGCUCCAAACUCGGUUCUAUAUAACAGCUCAAGCAUCGAGAACUCCUUCCAAUUUCUCCGUGAGAUCCAAAAUGUCCUGAAUGUCAGCUCAGAAGACGUUCUAAAGACAAUUUUCACUGUUGGAAUGACCUCCGUCCCCUUAGACAGCUCAAAUCUAUUCCGAUGCUCUGCUGUUAUGCUGAUUCGUGUUCCUCAGCUGAUUAGUCUCUACCUGACAAAAACUGGAGAAAGCAUCAAUCUCUUUCCCUUGGUUGUUUCGUUUUACAAUACUCACUGUAAUAAACUGAAACGCAGCCAAGAAAUGCAGAUAUUAUUUGUUUCUUUCCUCCACGUUCUUGUCAAUCAAAAUUCGAUUUCUCAUCAAGAUGCAGCAAAGCUUGGCUACCAAGGGCAAACUGACAUGUCAAAAAAUCUCGCUGUUGUUCACGCUCUCUUCGAAAAAAUAACGAAUGAGAAGAAACCUUUGAAAGUCAUCGAUUAUCUCGAUAAAAUGACGAUCGACUUCGAUACUCUUCUUUACGUCGGAGCGGCGGGAGGAAACUUGAAUAAACUAGUGGCUCUUCUUAUAAGCGUCUCGCAGCAGGAGACGACAAAAGAUGCUAUUUUCGGAAGCUGCUUUUUGGUCCUUUUUCGAAUUCAAUGCCUGUUCGGAAACGAGCCCUUUAGGAUUAUUUCCAUGCAAACGCCAAUUACCAAAUGGUUGUCGACAUUCUUCCUUGAUACCAAAUUAAAAAGAUAUCACGAAGAGCCAACUCAGCAGCAGCAGGAAUUCAUCGACCUUGUACUCACAAAACUCAACGAUAUCCCGAAAAAAGGUGUUGAUCACGCAGGCCCAGCAUCAUCUAUCUUGGAAAUUUCUUACUCGCUGAUAACAACAAUUAUAACAGCGACUUCGCAAGGACUCUGCCCAGAAGAAAAUGCUCACCAACUGUUCAGCAACCUGCGGGACCACUCUCGUACUGGAUUCAUGGCUUGUUUCCUUGUUCUCGCGCAAAUCGCAUCGGAGGGAAACUCUUCAACUGCCCUUAUCGCCACGAAGAUGAUUCCACUUUACAAGUCCGCUAAACUAAAAUCAAAACUAGCAUCAAAUUUGUAUCAGAAAAACUGUCAGUGGAUGGAAGAUUAUUUUCAAGUUAAUUUGAAAGAAGACCCAAAGGAAAAACUUGAAGAUUUAAUCAAGAAACUCUCUAUUUCUCUACGUUCAUCUCAGCAACAAAUGCACGAUAUCAAGCGAUGCGCGGAUGAGCUCGGAACUGAUUUGUUUACGAAGAUUCUAACCGGCUCAAUUAUGAAGCAAACGCGAAAGGAUUUAUCAGAACGAGCUUGCGCUGUGGCAAUCGGAGCCAGUUCUGUCGAUUGGGUAGGCGUUCCAUUGUCGCUAAUUUGGUACCAAGUUCCUGAAGUCAUGUGCGCUGUUGAACAUGCCUCUGUUGCUGAUCCUUUCGCGCUAUUUCUAGCUACGUCUCUUCACUUUUUAUCAAUUUAUCAACGAAACAAGGGCUUUAAUGUGAUUCAUGCUCCAACCGAUCUUCAAAAAAUGUUCAUCGAAGUUGCUGGAAAGGAGCGCAGUCAUUUCCAUGGGCGGAUGGGUGAUCAACGAAUGCUUUAUACAGAUGCCAAUAAAGUCAUAUUCGAUCGCCUGGAGUCCCUUGCUUCCAUCAGAUUCCCUCCUGCCGCCACCACCAACGAUCCGCUGUUUAUCAUGAACGCAUUUCAUUCCCUGGGUCGAACCCUACAUCUUUCUCUGACAAACAGUGGUCCUCAUCUGCCUGUUGAUUUUUGCAUGACUCUUCUUGACAAAAUCAUUCGACGGAGCUUAUCUAAUAAUAUCAACAUUGACAAUGUUUUAAACAUCCUUCAGUACCUUCCUUUCUCCUUUCUCAAUGUUCUGCUGCAAAUUUCUGGGAUCAAUUCUAACAUCCCUGCAGUUCUUCUUUCUGUCGUCGAUUUACAACUCCCAAAUGUGCGCACUAAAGUAGCGCGACUAAUUGCUCUCGGCGAAGCUCGCCCUCUGCCAUAA